ACAACAAAGGAGAGACGUUUUCACGUUCAGUACCUGCGGGUUUUAUCUCAGCUAGGUUCACCAGAAAAAGCAGGGUGACUUGGAAGAACUCCCAGUUCAGGCUCGUCAACACAGCUGGCCGAAGGCCACCCGCGUUACUAAAAGAAGGACUGGCCUCGAACAGGAGGAGCCAAUUUUUGCCUCUGUUAAUUUCCGGCCGUAGGAGUAGUUAGCGGACUCCAGAAUGUCAUCUGAUCAUUUUCAUUUUGUCAGAUCCUAAAAAGCCAACUUCAAACACAAGGCUGGGUAGCUGCCUGCUACUCCUGGUGAAGAGGACCUCCUGUUUUAUAUGGUAGCUGAUAUGUACUGAGCAUUUUGGUGCACUUUGGCUGCCAUCACAUCAUCCGGGAAGUCUCCAAGCCCACCACUGACCCCUUCUACGAUCUGACAUGGAAGGAGAUCCUCGUGGCUGUGCUGCUGCUGUUUGUCGUGAUGGCGACGGACACUGAAUCGAGGGACAGGCGCAAAGACGAGCGAGGCGCGCGUCGGAAGAACGGCCGUUUGAGAAACAAGGGGAGCUCGGCGCGGCGCCACAACGGCACCUCGAUGAACAGCUCCCCGGACCCGGUCCUGGUGACGGCGGAGGGGGAGAGCUCGCAGACCUGGGAGGAAGACUACGAGAAGAGCAUCGGCGAUAUGGUGGCACAAGUGAGGAACAACUCGGCGCUGUCCAAGACCAAGUGCGCGGUGGAUCGGCGCCUAUGGAUGUCCAACACCCGCAGCCUCUCUCCCUGGUCUUACAGCAUUAACCACGACGAGAAUCGGAUUCCCGUCGACAUUCCCGAAGCCCAGUGUUCCUGCUCGGGCUGCAUCAACCCCUUCACCAUGCAGGAGGACCGGACCAUGACCAGCGUGCCCAUCUACACCAAAAUCCCGGUCAAGAGGCUACUGUGCGACACGAAGAGCAGGAAGCAGAGGAAAAAGAAGAAGAACUGCAUCCCGGAGUACCGCACGGUGGUGGAGAACAUCGCAGUGGGCUGCACCUGCAUUCUCUGAGAGGGGAGACCGGCGCAGAGACAUUCGAAGGUGAAGCGUGGGUGAGGCGUGAAUCGCUCGCCCUCUCGUUUUCCUAACGGAAAAAAAGACAACAUUCCUGUAUCUUCUACUGCUUUUAACUUUUGAGUGCCUCUGUGUGGUUCGGAAAACGGCCACUUGUUCCAUGGUGUCCUUUCUGUAUACAUCUCACUUUUCCAUAUACAAUCAACACUGUUAAAGGAGCGACUGCGUUUAUAGGCAACAGCUGCUUAAUGAACAAAAAGAACACAGACUGUAGUCCGUACCCCGACCCCUUCUCUUCCGACACACUCCUCUGCAGGCAACCCAAUUUUCAGAGGAGGAAAGAGAUUUCUCAAUUGGGUUGAAUGUCACAAAGAUAACGAACGAGGAGGCCAUUCUGCGUUUCUGACGUGCUUGGCUGCUAGGUCUUACUCAGCCAUUGCUUGAGAGGAGUCAGGUUCUGGGCUUUGCCCAUGCAUGGUGGCUUUUUCCAGUCUCCCACCACCCUUUGCGUAAAUAAAAGUGCCGCCCGUCCUCAGCUUUACAGGACAAUGACUGAUGUCGGAUUGCAUUGCCAAACAAUACACAGAACACCCUCUAGGGUUAUCAACCAAAACAUUUCAGUCCGGGUGUGUUAAAGUUAGAAUAAAUGUCACAGCCUAUGUAAUCUGCAAGAUGGUUUUGGUAUUUAAUAUAAGACUGAAAUGAUUCCACAGACUUAAUUUCACACUUGUUUCAUAUGGCCGACUUGGUUCAUGACUCUAUUUUUCAAGGAAAACGUGCCUGAUUACUAUAAAAAGGCAGAAUUUCAACAUUCUGAUACACUUUGAUUUAUUCAAAUAUUUCCCAUGUCUCUAUCGCAGUGCAGUGGUUAGCACUGUUGCCCCCCUCAGUGUUGGGGC